AUGGAGUACUCUGCAGGGCUACACACGAGUCGAGAAAAUCGGCGAAGCAUUUUUUAUGGAUGGAAAAAUCUUACUUCAUCUGCUACAGGAACAUAUGGUGUAGUUUACAAAGGCAUCCAGAAAAACACCGGAAAAUUUGUGGCUAUGAAGAAAAUUCGCGUGGAAAGUGAAUUGGAGGGUAUCCCGGCUACUGCGAUCCGUGAAAUAUCGCUGCUCAAAGAGCUCGUACAUCCCAAUAUCGUAGCUCUGGAGGAGAUCGCCCUGGAAACGGAUCGUAUUUACUUGAUUUUUGAGUUUCUUGCAAUGGAUCUCAAAAAGUUUCUUGAAAUGAUUCCUGCCGAUCAGUUGCUUGACAAAAUACAGGUCAGACCUGUUCAUAUUUGUUCAAAAUCGUGA